GCCUGGCCAAGCGUUAAACAUGGCGGCCUCCAUCGGUGUUGCGGUGGUGAGAAAUCUUCGGAGGUUUCGAUUGGUCCUGGGAAGUUUCAACGCCGGUAGCCGCGUCGUAUCCUGCGAUCCUUCGCUGCAUUUCCUCGCAUAUGAAAGAACUUCGGCAAGAUGCUCGCUGUGUGGGUCUCGUGCCUUCAGCACCUCCCGAUGUCUUGCCGCCAAGAAAAUGCAAAAGCCCUUCAUUCCGUCCAAAACAAAGCCCAAAAGUCCGGUCGUGAAGAUAUGGAAGAACAUUACCGUCACCGAACUGGCCAGUGUGGUGGACAGGCCGCUAGAUGACAUUUACGAAGCCAUGCUGUACGUCGAGAACACUGCGCAGUACGACCAUGAUCAAAGCGCCAUCGACGAUGUUGAGACAAUCUUCAAGAUCGUCAGAAAGCUCGGAUACCGAGCGGAGGUCCGGGCGCCGCCCGAGAGGGAGGCCCCCAAGAGGCAGUUCCAAGACGCAGUUCGGAGGCCACCUCCCGAACCGAGCCUGCUCAAACCGCGCCCUCCCAUCGUCACCAUCAUGGGCCACGUCGACCAUGGCAAGACGACCCUCCUCGACUCGCUCCGGAACACCAACGUGGUGGAUCAGGAGUUUGGCGGCAUCACCCAGCACAUCGGUGCCUUCACAGUGACGCUACCUGGGAACGAGCGCAUCACGUUUUUGGACACGCCCGGCCAUGCCGCGUUUUCUGCGAUGAGAGCCAGGGGUGCCCUGGCGACCGACAUCGUGGUCCUGGUCGUCGCAGCAGACGAUGGAGUCAUGGAGCAGACGGUAGAAUCCAUUCGAUACGCCCGUGAGGCCGAUGUUCCAAUCAUUGUGGCCAUCAACAAGGUUGACAAGCCCAACACAGACAUUGUGAGUUCUUGCGGUGGCUUCACAAGGGUCAUUCACACUCUUGGCUGCAAGAUGGAUGCUUUGAGAAUCACAACAUGCUCUGAUGGCGGGUUGCAGGAGCACGCGAAGAGGGGCCUGAUGGUGCACGGCAUACAGAUGGACGACGAAGGCGGGGACGUGCAGUACGUCUGCAUCUCUGCCCUCAAGGGCACAAAUCUGGACAAGCUGACGGAGACCAUCUUGACCCAGGCCGAACUCAUGGAGAUUCGGGCCGACCCCAAAGGCAUGGUCGAAGGAGUCGUCAUCGAGUCAACCACCGACAAGCAUCGAGGGAAACUGUCCACGGCACUCAUACAGCGGGGGACACUGAAGAAGGGGGCCUUCUUGGUCGCUGGAAAAGCCUGGGCUAAGGUCCGCGGCAUGUUCGACGAGUGGGGAAAGCCACUACUGGUGGCGCCACCUGGAGUUCCGGCACAAGUCAUUGGCUGGAAGGAGCUUCCGUCUGCUGGAGACGACAUCAUCGAGGUGGAGUCGGAGAAACGGGCGCGCGAGGUGGUGGACUGGAGGCAGGCACAGCAGAGGUCGGCCCAGGAUGAUGCGGAGUGGGAGGCGAUCCAGCACAAGCUGCAGGAGCACCUGGAGAAGUACAAGGCCGAGCUGGAACAGCGCCGCGCCCUGGGACAGCGCCGGAAGCGGAAACGCUUCUCCAACCGGGAGAAGGAGUACAUCGUCGACGACACGCCGCGCCUUCCCAUCAUCGUCAAGGGCGACGUCGACGGCUCGGUGGAAGCCGUGCUGGACAUCCUAGACACGUACCACUCCCACCGGAGCUGCCGCCUGGACCUGAUGCACUACGGCGUGGGGGCCGUGACAGAGUCCGACGUGGAACUCGCUCAGCCUUUCAACGCCGUCGUCUACGCCUUCCACGUUCCCGUGCUUGAGACUGCCAGGAAGCUGGCGGAGGAAGGCGGCGUGGAGAUCCGCGACUUCAAGGUCAUCUACCACCUGGUCGAGGACAUCAGGAAGGAGCUGGGGAAGCGGCUGCCCCUCGCCGACACGGAAGAAGUUCACGGAGAAGCGUUGGUGCUGCAAGAGUUCCUCGUGAAUGAGGGGAGGAAGAAGAUACCCGUAGCCGGGUGCCGAUGCACCAAGGGAGCCCUGCGCAAGGAUGCACUCUUCAAGGUCUGCAGGAACUCCGAGACCAUACACACAGGUUCGCUGUCGUCCAUGAGGCAUCUCAAGAACGAAGUGGACAGCAUCAAGAAGGAUGUGGAGUGCGGUCUGAUGUUGCAGGACAGUGGCGUGCGGUUUCAACACGGCGACGUCUUGGUCUGCUUCUCCAUCAAGCAGGUGCCUCAAGAAACCGACUGGGACCCCGGAUUCUAGCCGAAUUUUUAGCCGAGGACUGCAUCCGACGUCCUGUCUUGAAGCCGCGGCAAGGGACACACACAAUGUGAAUAGGAUCUUGUUUGAAUUGUAAAGAUCAACUUUGUAUAGGUAUAUGUCAUUAAAAGUUUACCAAGCUGUGGACAAUA